AUGGCAACGCCAGAGCCGUACUUUGCGUGCGAUCGACGGCUGAGUCGGGCGGCCCGUGCUCUCGUCCAACAACGGUUGCAAAAGGCCCCGAUGCACCGUAAUCACGCACUACUAGACCACAGCAGCAGCAGUAGCAACAACGACGAGGCGACCGUUUGGGAGUGGCUUGAUCGUACUCUAGUCCAGCCGUCGUCGGCUUGUCCUUUGCUACACGAUGCGCUCCAGGAACAAGAACAAGCGGUUGUACUGGUACCGCCCGUCUCCUGGCGGAGUGGAGCGACGCCGGAUUGGCAGCGACGGGGCGGAGGACGGCAGAAACGACCCCACCGUACUCGACCAUUGCAUUGGUUCCAGUGUGGAUUGUGUUGGAAGACGUUCGGUACACGAUACUAUCUCGACCGACAUCUCGAACGACACCACGGCGAGGCGUUGGGGACACACGCGGACGAUUUGGACGACUCCUGCCCGGCUAUCACGUGGUGUGCAUUUCUGGGAGCGCAUUCGUGUCAGGAUACGGCCUUGGAGGAGGAACCCUACUACGACCGUGGUAGUGGAGGCUUGGGGGACGACCGGGAUGUGGUUCGUCGCAAGGUGGCCCGGCGAGCACACGACUACGUUUGUACCGCGGAGACGAUCCGGCACGCGCAAAAUGCGUGUCACGCCAUGGUACACGAAUGCUUUGGUGGAACCGAAUCGGAACUCGGAACAUACUUGACGGAGUCUUACUGUUCGACCUUGGCGUGUCCGCAUCUCCUUUACCAGCUCUGGAGCAAGACACUCGGUGGGACCCAGGCAGCGGCCCUGGUGCUCAAGCAAGUGCACGAAUGGGAAGAAGAUUGGAUCUACUGGUCCAAAGAACACCACGAAAUGGGGAAAUGGGGAUUUGCCCUCUUGCUGGUACUGGUACUGUUCUACGGACUGGCCUUUUGGAAUCGUAGGCACCGGGACACUUUUGCGCUUGCCCCAUUCUCGAGUACGCAUGCACCCGGACGUCCACGGCGCCGGCCGUGUGAGACACCCCAAUUGUGGCCCGUGCCCUCGUCACCAUUCAAGCAAAAGCGGAGAUGA